AUUCUAUGGGAAUGGGAAACAUGUGAAAUUCUCAUUGGGAAUUGAGAAUAUGAACACGUCAAGUUUGACGUGAACAUGUAUUAUUGGUAGGUCUAUUUGCUGUGCAUCUUACGUUCUUUUACGCAAAUUUUACAUUACAGUACGUCUUAAUAAUACAUUUUUAGUUUAAAUAAUCGGUUUGUAUAAUUGUAAAUUACAUAUAUAACCAUGAAUCGCGGUGGAUCAUCGAAAGCCGUGCAAAAUAACCUGUCUCCGAUGCAUCAGAGUGAUCAGGAUUCCGAUUAUCAACAACGCGAACCAACGCUUUACACCGUCAAAGGUAUGGCCAUCCUUGACAAUGACGGCAACAGAAUAUUGGCCAAGUAUUACGACAAGAAGAUAUUUCCAACUUCAAAGGAACAGAAAGCAUUUGAAAAAAAUCUUUUCAACAAGACUCACAGAGCAAAUGCAGAGAUCAUUAUGCUCGAUGGUUUGACUUGCGUUUACAGAAGUAAUGUGGAUUUGUUCUUUUAUGUAAUGGGUAGUUCUCAUGAGAAUGAGCUUAUUUUAAUGAGUGUAUUAAAUUGUUUAUAUGAUUCAGUUAGUCAAAUCUUAAGAAAGAAUGUCGAGAAAAGAGCUGUUUUAGAUAGUUUGGACAUAGUUAUGCUGGCAAUGGAUGAAAUUUGUGACGGAGGAAUUAUUUUGGAUGCCGAUGCAUCCAGUGUUGUUCAAAGAGUUGCAUUGAGAAUAGAUGACAUUCCCUUGGGAGAACAGACAGUUGCACAGUCUCUGAUUGUCCUCCAGUCUGCAAAGGAACAACUGAAAUGGUCUUUAUUAAAAUGAGUUUUAUAUACAAAAACUGUUAUCACACUUAUAUGUAAAAAAUGAAUAUCUCAAAGUGCAAAAAUAUUAAACUGUUCAUUAAGUUACAUUAAGCUGAAACAAUUAUUAGUCUGUAUUUAUCAAUAAUAAAAAUUUAUUACACUCUACAGAAUAUAAAGUAAA